GACCCUGGCUGCGCUGGGACUGCCUUGGGCCAGGUGGGCCGCUGUGCGCCUAGUGGAGCCCCGCGCUCCUUCACUUGAACGCUGUGUUCUAGGCCCGUCUCGGGUGACCGUGGUUCCUGCCAGCUUUCCAGCCUAGCCUGGCAGCCUUGGCAGAGCCAUGGUGAGGUUUGGAACCACCUUGGAUUGCUGAGUCACUCUCUGCAGCUGCUUAGGGAAAACGAAAGUGGGAGCUCGAGGAACUGGAGAUAGCGUGUGGAGGGUCAAAUCCUUCACACCGGACCCCGGCUCCUAGCCCAGGCCGGGCUUUCGUGCGCCGCCUUGCCGUCGUGGCGCGGCAGUUCCCGCUUUGGUUCAGCUCUCCCCUGCUCCACUCUGCGGGUAGGGUUCCCGGGAAGCCCUGUCCAACACAGCUAAUAAGAAAAAGGCUCUGAAGCUAAAUCUGACGAGCCCUUCCGGUUUCCCCUUGUUCCAGCCAGCUUUAAUAACACUGUAUGAUCUGUCAGCCUCCACAUUCUCUCCUGAUGGAAGAGUUUUUCAAGUUGAAUAUGCUAUGAAAGCUGUGGAAAAUAGUAGUACAGCUAUUGGGAUCAGAUGUAAAGAUGGUGUUGUCUUUGGGGUAGAAAAAUUAGUCCUUUCUAAACUUUAUGAAGAAGGUUCUAACAAACGACUUUUUAAUGUUGAUCGGCAUGUUGGAAUGGCAGUAGCAGGUUUGUUGGCAGAUGCUCGUUCUUUAGCAGACAUAGCAAGAGAAGAAGCUUCCAACUUUAGAUCUAACUUUGGCUAUAACAUUCCACUAAAACAUCUUGCAGACAGAGUGGCCAUGUACGUACACGCUUACACACUCUACAGUGCCGUUAGACCUUUUGGCUGCAGCUUCAUGUUAGGCUCUUACAGUACGAAUGAUGGUGCACAACUGUACAUGAUUGAUCCAUCAGGUGUUUCAUAUGGAUAUUGGGGUUGUGCCAUUGGCAAAGCCAGGCAAGCUGCAAAGACAGAAAUAGAAAAACUUCAGAUGAAAGAAAUGACCUGUCGUGAUGUUGUUAAAGAAGUUGCAAAAAUAAUUUACAUAGUACAUGAUGAAGUUAAGGAUAAAGCUUUUGAACUGGAGCUUAGCUGGGUUGGUGAAUUAACUAAAGGAAGACAUGAAAUUGUUCCAAAAGAUAUAAGGGAAGAAGCAGAGAAAUAUGCUAAGGAAUCUUUGAAGGAAGAAGAUGAAUCAGAUGAUGAUAACAUGUAACAUUUAUUUCAACUGUUCUAAUUUCUGUCACAGUUCUAUCCUAUGUAACUGUUUACCCCUAUGGAUUAUGAUCCCACUGACCAAUUUUCAUUAAAUUUUUCUCUUGUAAC